AUGGCAGUAAAAACGCAUACUUGGGUUACCCUUUGGUUUAUUCUCACCGCGCCUGUCAUCUUCUGGGAUGUGGGAUACUGUUUCAUGCGUCCACGAUCCAUGCUUGGGGGAGACCUCCACUGGAUCUGGAAACCGUAUGAAAUAUACCAGAAUGUUCGAUUUUGUGAGUUUAUGGCUAUCAAAGCUCUAGAGGAGAAUGAUGGGUUCACAAACGCACAAUCUUUCCUCAAUGUCGUAGAGACACUCAUGAAUCUCGCAUACGUGUACUUGGCACACGUCUCGGGCUGGUCUCCUGCUCCCCUCAUUGGGUUUGCAGCAGUGACCAUGACGUUGUCUAAAACAGUUUUAUACUGGUUACAGGAGUACUACUGCGGCUUCUGUGCCAUCGGACACAACACUAUGUCCGAUCUGAUCGUAUACUGGAUCAUACCCAAUGGAUUAUGGAUCGUCAUCCCUAGCUUGAUCAUCGUGAGACUAGGAAAGGAUCUCGCUGCCUCACUCCAUGUCGCGGAGCGCGCUGCGACCAAGACUGCUUCUGGAAAGCAGAAAUGA